CCGUUCCUUGCACGGUAACAAGACAAACCCAUGCGGUUGAGGACGCAAACGCGACGACCGACAUAGAACGAACUACGAAUAGUCGGACCACGUGCAACUUGAGCUUCGAUAAAUAAUUCCAGCUCAAGACGAAGUCGACACCCGAAUUGAGCCUGCCAGCUCCGCAGAAGCCAAAAAAAAAAAACAAAAAAAAAAUUCUUGUUCGACCACUCACUCUCGAGGAAAGGAAAAUAAAGGAAACGAAACGGCCAAAGAGCCCCAGAGCCACCCAUAAUGUCGGAGCAAUUUGUGUUGGCCGCCAAGCGUGGCUUCCGUCAGAUUCCUGGCGUUGUCGUCUCUGCCGGUCUGAUGGAUCGGACUGUGAAGGUCCGCGUGGGAGGAAGGAUAUACAACAACGUGAUCAAGAAGUACUUCAACAGACCAAAGACGCACCUGGUCCAUGACCCCAACAACUCGUGCCUGACGGGCGACGUGGUCGAGAUAUCUCCCGGCUGGCCGACGUCUCGACACAAGCGCCACGUCAUCGUCUCCAUCCUCGCCGCCGCCACCACGCCCGCCGAGUCCCGCCCACCCGUCCCGACGCUCCAGGAGAGGAUAGCCGAGGCGCAGGCCAAGCGCGCCGCCAAGGUCGAGAGGAGGGCCGCCAUCGAGGCCGAGACCCAUGCCAAGUAUGCCGCCGCCAAGGAGGAGAAGAGGUUACGGAAGCUCAAGAAGGAGGGCAAGCUCCCGCCCGCCGAGGAGCAGGCCGCAAAGGAGGCUCCCGAGACUGAGUCGUCAUAGGUUGUAGAGUGAGGGAGAAGAAGAAGACGAAAAGAAAAGGAAACCAAAAAAAAGAACCACCCAGGUGGCCCUCCUCUGGGCUUGACUCUCGAAAAUUCUUGGGCGGAUCGUGCGACGUUGGUGUGGUUGCUCAAUGCGCAGGGUACGGAGUGUGGCCUGCAGUGUAGCAAAUGGGGCCGAGAGACCUUAUAAGGACGGUCAGAGCCCAUGUUGGAGAAUAAGAGCUCAUCGUCAGGAACCCAAUAGCCUGGCUCAUGAGAUAAACUGUAUCAUACCUCUGUGUAAAUAUAGAUUUAAAGAACUCAUCUUGUAACAGGUUUGCGUAAGUGAUUGCAUCGACAACAAAU